UGGUAAUAUUUCCAGAAAAUAAUGAACAGUCAGCGAGACGUGUAACUCUGAAAGACUUAGUUAUUUGUGGAGCAUCAGAAUUUGUUGGAACUGCCGUUUUACUGUUUCUUUCGUGUACUGGAGCCACUUUGGAGAUCCAGGGGAUGCUACCGUUUUGCACGUUAGCAUGGCAGCUGGGCUGGCUGUAACAGUAGUCAUACAGAUGUUGGGGCACAUUUCUGGCGCUUACGUAAAUCCCGUAGUUACCCUCUCAGCGUACAUUCUGGGCGAAAUUAAUUUAAAACAAACAUUGCUGUACGUCGUUUGUCAAAUUAGCGGAUGCCUUUGUGGCACUGGAUUUCACAGGUUGCUGACCCCAGCAGGGGUGCUAAGUGGGGGUGAACGUGGAGUAUGUGUCAACACGCCUGGACGUGGGAUAAGUGAUCUCGAGGCCUUCGGCGUGGAAAUAAUAUUAACCAUUAUUUUGGUGAUAGCCAAUUGCUCCAGUUGGGAUAAAAGGAAUUCCCACAAAUCCGAUUCUGUUCCAAUAAAAAUCGGAUUGGUAGUUGUGGCGCUAAACGUAUCUGCGGCAGCAUAUACAGGAGCCAGCAUGAAUCCUGCUAGAAGUUUUGGGCCUGCUGUAUGGUCAUCAGAUUAUAAAUCUCACUGGAUAUAUUGGGCAGCCCCUACAAUAGGAUCGUUGGUUGCAAGUUACGCCUACAAAUACGUGUUUUUGGAGAGAAAUGAGUAGACAAAUACUAGAAGAUGUUCUUCCUCAGUAUUUAUUGUUUAUUUUAUUGUUGUCUCAGAAUCUCUGAGUUUAUUUUUAACCUGAGUUUAAUCAGUAUUAAUAUUUUAGUUGUAUUUAUAAAAAUGGGUAUAUUGUUUUUGUUGUACG